AUGAGUAUUCAAUUAAGUGAUAUAUUAACAGCAUAUGAAGCUGAGCAUUAUAUUGAAGGUCUUUAGAUGUUUGAAAUUACUUAAUUGGGAUGCAAAAAGUAAUAAUUUCUCAUUAAGAAAGAUGGUUUACGUAGGAUGAGAUAUUACAAAAACUCAAUUUCUAAGCACAUAUAAAUGCUAUAGCUAGAUCUGAUGAAUUCAUUAUGGAAGCCUUUUGUACUUUCGAUAAAAUUAAACCUUUGAUUUAUGAUUUAAUUAUGACUGAAAUGUGGAAACAAUAUGUUUUUCCUUAUUUGAAAUCACAUUUUACAGAAUUAUCAUCAAUUAGAUCAUACACAGUAUUAUAACAUGAAGCUAUUGUAUGCAAUCUACUGUAAAUAUGUUUAUUUCACAGAACUUCGAUUGAAGCAUCAGAAGGUUAUAUUCUUGAAGUAGUGGAUUAUUGUUAUCGAAAAUUAACAGCUUUACUAUAAAAGUACUGAAUUGUAAAAAAGAUUUAGGCCACCUGCAAAAAAGAUUGAGAAAAAAAGCAUAGAUUAUUUUAAGAAUAGAACGAAAGAAGAUGAAAUAGAUGAACAAUUUCAAAAUGUUGAAUUUUAAAUUUAAAUGAUGUGUCUAAGCAUCAUUAGAUUUAUUACUGAUCAUAUUAAGCAUUUACCAAUCAACAUUCUUCAUUAAAUUAUUGUUGAUAAUGAUUUUUUCUUUUUACUUAUUCCCUUGAUAGAAGAAAAACCUUGGUUAAGAAUUAAUCAUAAUAAUGAAAGAGAAGUAUUUGAAUAAUCUAAAUGGGUUACAUUAAAAAAAGAGGAUUAUAGCAAAUUACCAAAAAUUGAAGCUUAAUUAUGGAUUACAAUUUAUAAUUUAUUUAUGGAUCCUGAAAGUAGAAGGAAAUAUGAAUUGAAUGAUUUUAAAAAGAGUAACUUACUAAGACUAAGAAAAUUUAUGAAUGAAUUAUUAUUAGAUUAGAUACCUCAACUAGUUGAUAUGCUAAGAUCAUUAGAAGAAUUAUCUCUUAUGUAAGUAUAGGCCUAAAGUAAGAAUACUAUAGUUGUUUAAUAAUUGCCUGAAUUACGUUUGACAAUAUGUAAAGAUAAAAAUUGGAGUUCUAUUGCUUAGAAAUAAAAAGAAGAGUUUUUCUAAAUUGAUGAUCCAACAAUUAAAGAAGGUAUUGUAUUUACUAUUAAUAUUAAUAGAUAUCAAGAGAAUGGCAGAACUAUAUUCAAAUACAGUAUUUGAAGGUAUUAUAGAUGGUUUUAAAUGUCAGAAAUGUUCUUUGGAAGCUACUAAAAGAUGUUCACGUUGCAAAUAAGUGUGGUAUUGUAGUAAAGAUUGUUAAGUUGGUGAUUGGCCAAAUCAUAAAGUAAGUUGUAAUACAACCAACGUUUAAAAAUAAGAGGAUGUUAAAUAAGUAGAUAAAAAAUAAGAUUAAUCAUUGGAUCAAAUUGAUUGA